CUUCACUUCUGCAGCCAUUUUGCUAGGCCUCGCAUGGUUUUACCUCGUGAAAAAGAUAUAUAUAUCAAACCAAAACACGUUUCGUAUUUUCCAUGCGAGCGAAGACCUGUUCUUCGUUAAUGUUUUUUAGGUUGCGAAAGUUAAGGGGGUUGUUUUAGUAUAAUUUGUUAUCGGGGGGGAUUGUUUGUUGAAAGAAGCACAUUGGAGUAAUUGUCGUCCGGUGUUGACGACACAGCUCGCCGGCCCGUCCCAGCGAACAAAGAAACSAGAGGGCGCAGACAGCACGCUUCCUGCAGCGCUGUUUCAGUUCAGUAAGGAAAAGUUCUAAUUUAAGGAGAGAAUGGCCGAGGGUUAUAUUCGAGUGGCAGAGGAAGAAAACGAGGAGCCCAUGGAGAUUCCUGCCGAGGACGACGGCACUGUUCUGCUCUCGACAGUGGCCGCACAGUUCCCUGGGGCGUGCGGCCUGCGGUUCAGGAGUCCCGUGUCUCAGUGCAUGCGCGGUGUGCGCCUUGUGGAGGGGAUUCUGCACGCACCAGAAAACGGAUGGGGGAACAUUGUUUAUGUGGUGAACUAUCCAAAAGACAACAAAAGAAAAAUGGAUGAAAUCGAUGCUUCUUCUGCCGUGAAAAUGAAGAGGGGGGACAUGAAGACAUCUGACUUGAUUGUGUUGGGUCUUCCAUGGAAGACAACAGAACAGGACCUGAAAGACUACUUCAGCACAUUCGGAGAAGUCAUCAUGGUUCAGGUGAAACGAGACGCCAAGACGGGAAACUCGAAGGGGUUUGGCUUCGUGAGGUUCACAGAAUACGAGGCUCAAGAAAAGGUGAUCGCCCAGCGUCACAUGAUCGACGGAAGGUGGUGUGACUGCAAGCUUCCUAACUCGAAGGUGAAUAUGCAGGGUCCGGACGAGCCACUGAGAAGUCGUAAAGUGUUUGUGGGGCGUUGCACAGAGGACAUGACCACAGAUGAUCUGCGGCAGUUUUUUAUGCAGUACGGGGAAGUCACGGACGUUUUCAUCCCCAAGCCUUUUCGAGCUUUUGCUUUCGUCACGUUCGCAGAUGACCAGGUUGCCCAGUCUCUCUGCGGAGAGGACCUUAUUAUCAAAGGAGUCAGUGUUCACAUCUCAAACGCUGAGCCCAAACACGGAAAUAGGCAGUAUGAUCGUACAGGRCGGUUCGGAAACGGUUUUGGAGCUCAAGCGUUUGGUGGCAGUCGCAGUGGGUUGGGGAGCAGCACCAACAGCAAUCUGGCCAAUUUCGGUUCGUUCAGUCUGAACCCCGCCAUGAUGGCUGCUGCUCAGGCUGCUCUGCAGAGUAGUUGGGGAAUGAUGGGAAUGCUGGCGAGCCAGCAGCAGACACCCACCUCAGGCAGCGCUUCUAGUGGGACGAGUUCUAGCAGGGACCAGAGUCAGGCUUUCAGUGCAGGCAACAGCAACUACGGCGCCAGCUCGGCCAGCCUGGGCUGGGGCACGGGGUCCAACUCUACAACCAGUGGUAGUGGGUUUAGCUCGGGUUUUGGGUCCAGCAUGGAGUCAAAGUCGUCUGGGUGGGGUAUGUAAGUUAAGUGUUUCCGUGGGUAAGUAUUGUGAGAAAGAUGAGUCUUUUCAAGUUUAUUUCUGGAGUUAAUGCGUGUCUGAAAAAGUUUUGUGGAAGAUGUUUUGUACAUUUGGAGAGAGGGGGAAAAAAAGCUAAAGAUUUAAUUUAGGAAGCGUUGAAGUGAGUUGUUUACCAGGAUCUUUGACUAAAGUGCUAUUUUUGAUGUCUUGUUUGUUUGUAUCCAUUUCAACUGGAUUCUCUAAUGCAUGUAUUGUGAAAUGUGAUACUCAUUUUUGAAAACAAAACAAAAAAAAUGCAUGAAUGUUUGCAGUUCACCAUUAUCAGGCAUUGUCACCAGCUUAAAAGGCAAUCUUGCAUUGGAAUGAAUCUGGUUGAAACCUAAAUGUUUUUUAAGUGCAACUUUAUUUGCAGUCAAGUUCUGUGGAAAAGCCUUCAUUGAAAUCUCUUCUGCAGUUCACCUCUCUUCCAUUUCCCUGCGAGGAAGCUCCUCUUUGGCAGCAUUCUUGGAGUGAUAUCGCUAUCAUUCUCCUCCCUCCCACCUGUAAAUGCAAUGCCAUCAAAGAACGGCUUCACUCGGCACGUUCUGAGAGACGGUGGGUGUUUUCACUUUUAUCCACUUUUAAAUGGAAAGAACUGCGCAGCUGACAUUUUAAGAACUGAUGAGUGCGAUUGAGGAUGGCUUGUGGCGAAGAGUGAAGCGAUGAGUGAGCGAACGGAGAGAGACGCGUGAAACGGACUGGUUGUGCGGUGAAAGAGCCAGAAUCUUGACUGCUUUCUGAGUGUGUGAGUGGAAGCUGCAGAUGCUACGAGCGCCUCCCCUAACAUGGACAUUCUUUAAUUAGUACUUCAAGAUUUUUUUUCUUUUUAUUUUAAAUCUUUGCAAGUUUCUUCUUACUCUUGAGUAUGUCUGUCAAGUUCAGAAAUAUAAAAAUGUAGUGGAAUGUUGUGCUGACUUCUUGUAUUUGCUUAUUAUCUGAUUUGAAUGCUGUAUGUUGUGUGCUUUCAUGUUCUUGAACUGAUCUGUAAGUGUGUACUUGAUGUGGGUGACACCUGCUGAAGACUCUGGGGGACGCGAGUGAUGAGAUGUUUGAACGUGGAGUGGUGUGUCCAAUGGCUCCCAGUAGCUCUUUGUUGUUUGUGAGGUGUUUUUUUUUUUUUUAAGAACUUGUCAAAUGAAGGGAGUUCUCUAAUAAAAUUCAUUUAAAUAGUUAACAUAGCUGAUA